AUGAGAAGCCAAAUAGCUGGAAUUCAUCAAAAUGCCACUGAAACUUAUGCUGAAUAUUAUGCAAGAUUCCAAAAGCUGCAAAAGAGAUGCCCACAACAUGGAUUUUCUAAAGGGAGUCUUCUUCAUUUUUUCUAUCAAGGUCUUCAUGAAGGUGAAAAGAAACUCUUGAAUUCAGCUGCUGGUGGUGCUUAUGUAGACUUAUCUCAUGAUGCUGCGGAGAAACUAAUUGCAAAGGGAGCUGCUAAUGAACUUCAAUAUGGUAGUCGUGCAAGUUCUGGGACUACUCAGGGAGCUCAAUCUGAUCAAAGGCUCUCAAAUAUUGAGCAAAGUAUCGAAAAAUUGAAUGCAUUACUAUCAAGCGGUAAAGCACCGAAAGCUCAAGUCUGUGGUAUUUGCUCAACUCAGGGACAUUUUACUGAUGCAUGUCCUACAUUGGUUGAAUCUACUUUAGAAGAUGUUAAUGCUAUUGGCUUUGGAAAUCAAGGAGCAAAUCAGUUUUCUAACACUUACAACUCAAGAUGGAAGGAUCAUCCCAAUUUGAGGUAUGGGAACACUAACAAUGCUUUGAAUGGGUUUCAGUUUCAAAAUAAUUCUGCGCCAUCUGGUUUUCUACAAAGGGGUCAAGUCCCUCAAAGCUCGAACAAUGAUAACACUAUUGAGAAAUUAUUGUCCAAGUUGGUUGACGGGCAAACGGAGAUGCAAAAACAAUGCACUACAAACUCUCAAGAUAUCAGGGAUAUGCAAAAGCAGUGCAUUACCAAUUCUCAAGACAUUAGAGAGAUGCAAAAACAACUUGGGGAUGUGAUUAAGAAAAUUAACCAAGAACAUGAGCCUGGACGGUUGCCUGGAACUACACAACCAAAUCUGAAAUUCGAGCAUGCUAACAUCAUUACUACUAAGAGUGGCCGGAAUGUCAUUCCCACUCAGAAGAUAUUGGAAAAUCAAGUUGAUAAGCGUGGCAUCGAAAGAGACCCAGCAACUGAAACAACUUCACACAACAAACCAGAUGAAGCAAAGGAGAAUUCUCAAGCCAAGGAGGAUAGUCAUGAGAAUGAGGAUGAAGCUGAAAUUGUGCACAACAAUUCUGAGGAGAAACAUACUUCUCCAAUUUCUACUAGUAAGUCUCUUAAACCUUCAAGUUCGGUUAUUACUAAUAGUCGAUUCGAUUCUGUCCCUUUCCCAGCUAGGUUGGUUCAGACAAAGAAGAGUGCAUUAGAGAAAAAUAUUUUGGAGACUUUUCGCAAGGUUCACAUUAAUUUGCCUUUACUGGAGUGCAUUCAGAAUCUACCAGCGGUUGUCGCGACUUCAAUCACAGAACUGAGAACAGCGGCAGUGUUGGAGAGAAAAACGGAGGGCAUCGAUGUCGACAAACAGCAUAUAGGGGAGGCGACUGUUGGUUUGAGGGAGGAAGGAGAAAUAUGCGAGAGAGAGAGAGAGACGAUAGAUUUAGAGGAAUGA